AUGCUUUCAUCGUCGCCGACACUGCCGUCGACAACCGUGCGGCCGUUCGCCUCUGGCGCGCCCUCGGUGGAGUUGCCCAAAUUAAGGAUCCCAAUCGAAGCGGUACGCCAAGAAACAGGGCGUGGCCGCGACGACACGCGAGCCCCCGUCGGUGGGUAUCACGCCGCGCCGCCAGUCCCCGUCAAGACUGAGGCCCCGACCAGCGCCACCAUGCAGCACGGACCCUCGACGCGCUCGCCGUCGUCUCCGUCUUCCUUCUUCACGCAGCCUGAGAUCGCCAAGCUUGGCUUGACCCCGCUCCUCGAAGCCGCCGAGCAAGUGCGCCCGUCGACCGCUGAGACGUCGCCUCUCUUCGGUCGCACAAGCCCGCUCAAGCGCGAGCUCCCGCAGCCGCUGCCCUCAAUCAUGCAUGCCAUGGGUGGCUACCCUCUGGAGUCAUUGUCGAUGCCCAAGAGAGCACGCGUCGGCUCGGACGUCGGACUGGAUGUGCAGGCUUCGUAUAGCUUGCUGGGCCACAUGCCUCGCCAAGCCAUGAUCUACCCUUCCAUCCCCCAGCAGCAUCCCUACCACCAGCAAGCUACUUCCUACGCACCUGCCACUGAAGUCCAAACCCUCAGCAGUGCAGGAUCAAGCUCGCCUAGUGCACAUGGACUGCCUACCAUCUCCGGUGUCUCGGUCUGGGACACCGUGCUGUCAACAGGCAAGUUCCCCACGGACGUUUGCUUGAGCGAGCAUGGCUCCGGUGCGGCAUCGCCGACAGCCGCUUUCAACCCCAACAAGACCAGGUCGAGCAGCGAAGACGCUACUGAGUGCAUCGGAGCGUUGGCAAGCACUGAAGUGAAACAGGGGCGGUGGACAGCAGAUGAAGAGCAGUACGCCAGCUCCCUGAUUCGGGCAGUGAACAGCGGAGAGGUUGUGUUGCCGCCGAACGUCUCGGUGCGGAAAUUUGUUGCAGACAACCUGCAGUGCAAGACCAUGCGCGUGAGCAAGAAGUUCCGAAGCCUCGGAUCUAGCCCCCGAGACGCCCCUGAACAUGAAGAGGAGCCCGUGACCCCACGUGAUGAGUCGUUCAACCCGCUCAGUCUCAAGUCUAUCAUGAACAACGAGUCUAGCGCCUCGACGUUGUCGUCCGAUGUGCUUAACGUUGCGGAGACCAUCGCCAACGCGAACCUGAUCCGCCAGAGCCCAAGCAACAAAAGUGGCAAGAAGUCAACGCAGCGUGUACUCAAGCGGUCCGACUACUCGCAGCACGGAAGGGUGCGCAGCGGCCGGUGGUCGGUGGAGGAAGAAAACUAUGCCAAGGCCAUGAUCGAGGCGUUCAAGUCGGGCUACCUGCCACUGCACGGCAACGUCUCCCUGCGCAAGUUCUUGUCCGAGGUGCUCGUGUGCCACCCGAUGCGCAUCAGCAAGAAGUUCGUGGGUUACGUGCGGAAGUAUCACUGGUACCGCAUCGCCGCGGGCAAGUGCGAUCCCGAAGCCAAGCGUCAGGCGUUGUACCAACUUAGCCACCUCGAGCGGGUCUUCUGGACGUCGCUGCAGCAGAACAGCGAGUGGUCCGCCGGCCUCCGCAGGGACGACUAA